AAUCCACCAAGAAGAAGAAAAGAAGCGGAAGCUCCAGCCUCCCACUGCUAAACGUCAAUGUUGUGGCUGUCUCUCAUCCUCCAGGUAGGUUAAAUUAGCUUGAGGUGUCUUAAUCUUAAUUCUUCGCUCCUCUCUGUCAACAUGAGCGAUCCUUGGCAGGAAUGUAUGGACUUCUGUUUAGAUGUCACCAAACGGGCAGGAAAGAUGAUCCGCGAGGCGCUGCAGAAGGACAUCACCAUCAUGCAGAAGAGCUCUCCGGUUGACCUGGUGACCGAGACGGACCAAAAAGUGGAGCAGCUCAUUAUAUCUUCCUUAAAGGAGAAGUACCCCACGCACAGAUUCAUCGGUGAGGAGUCGGUAGCCGCUGGCGCUCCCAGCGUUCUCACCGACGAUCCCACUUGGAUCAUCGACCCCAUCGACGGCACCACCAACUUUGUGCACAGGUUCCCCUUUGUGUCUGUAUCAAUCGGCUUCACAGUGAAGAAAGAGAUAGAGUUUGGGAUUGUCUACAGCUGCAUCGAGGACAAAAUGUACACGGCACGGAAGGGGAAGGGGGCAUUUUGCAACGGAAACCCCAUCAAAGUGUCCGGACAGAAAGACAUUAGCAAGUCUUUGAUCCUGACUGAAAUGGGCUUCAAGGAGGAAGCUGAGCACUUCAACAUUAUGUUGGCCAACAUCAAGACUAUCCUCACCAUACCUGUUCACGGGAUCCGCUCCCCAGGCAGCGCAGCCGUCAACAUGUGCCUCGUGGCGUCUGGUUCGGCCGACGCUUACUAUCACAUGGGGAUCCACUGCUGGGACAUGGCUGGAGGGGCGGCCGUCGUGACUGAGGCCGGAGGAGUCAUCAUGGACGUUUCAGGUGGGCCGUUUGAUCUGAUGUCACGCAGGCUGAUUGUUGCCAGCAGCAGGACGAUAGCUGAACGAAUUGCCAAGGAGAUAACAGAGUUCCCCGUCGGCAGGGACGACACAGAAGGCCCCUAAACCUCCACAGCCAGCCGAAGCCGAGUAAAAACACACACAGCUGCUUUCAGUGUAACAAGUGUGGAGCCUGUCUUUGCCUUAAGCACCAAAAUGAUACAGUUACCUCUGAACAACAGCAGGCGGGUUCUUUAAACACUUUAUUCUCCUGGAUAUCAGUACUUAGUCAUACACACAUGCUUUUAUGUUGUUGCGUUGUUUGCACUGUGUUGUAUUUUAUUGAAUCACUCAGGCAUUUUUUUUAAUUAUUAUUAUUCAGUCAGAAGCAAGAAAUUCAUUUUUAUCAAUAGGUACCUCAAAACAUCAUCAUUACAGCCAUAAAAAUAUUAACAUAAAGGUUCAUUACUAUCAUUACUAAAGAUACUUAAACUAAGAAUAUUCAUUCAGUUGGGGGGGAGGGGGGGGGGAAUCACAUGUGAAAAAUGUAACAUUUUUUUUAAACAUAUACUCUCAUGCAGGUUAUUCACAAUAUCUUUAAACUUUAAAAGAUAUUUCUCAUCAUUCUUAAAAACGGGAAAGACAACAGAGCACUGAAUUCAAGCCAAGCUAGUUGAAUCGGCUACAAGAGAAGAGCUGCCGAGUCUAAACUUGCCCAUGUCUGCAGUCAGAGCCAUAAAAACCCCACAUCUACAAACACUCUGCAGCAAAGAGCGGCGUCUUGGCCUCAGUAUGUCUUCUUUGCAGCCAGCACAUGCUAUCUACAUGCUAACCAGUUUUUGCAGGUCAAUAAAAAAAAGUCCUAUUUGUGAUAAAACCUCCAUUUUAUGGCCUUAAAAAGUCCUGUGUCCAGAUUUCUCGUACUGGGUCUGAAAUCUAGUAUGAGACACUAUGUCUUAGAUAAUUUGUUUACUGCUUAAUUCAUCAGCUUUUGUUGACAAUAGACCAAUUUUUGCCUAAGAUAGAAGAUGGUAUCUACAGGCAAUUCUAAUGAAAACACUCCUGCUCAGUUGACCAUUUCUGGUCUUAAAAAGUCCUAAAUGUAACUUAUUGAAACUUGUAGAAGCCUUUAUUUAGACAGUGGCACCAUAGAAAGUCUUCCUACAUGUAAAUUAUUUCAUUGUUUUUUAACUGGAACUGGUGCUUUGGCUACAUGAAACUAAGCUUUAGCUUUCCAGUAUCAAACACUGAGAGUAGGAUUGGUGUGAUAUAAAGCAUUAUUAAGCAGAAAAACAACUGAAACCUAUUAUGCAUGGUGGAAGAUGUGGGAUGCUGGGGGCUGUUUUCCUUUCCAAAUCCUCAGAGUCGUUGUUGGAGUGGUUGGUAUUGUUAAGUCUUUGAAAUGCCCCCAAAAUUUAAGUCAAAUUUUCUCAAGAGGAUCAUGAUUUCCAAACGUGACCAAACCAACCCAGAAACGGUUCACAUGACGCAAUUAUUUCUUAAUGUUGGAUUCUUUUUUUCCCUCCUCGGAAUAAAUAUGCUGUUGGGUUUUAUUGGAAUUGUCCAGUGUGAGAUUAUUCAACCUCAAUUAUCUUAUUUGUAUGUAACUUAAGGGUUUUUAGACAUCUUUUCCAGAAAGCGCUGUACCUGUUUUAAGAGUGAAUUUAGCUUGCACUGUACACAAUUCACCACAUACACCACGUGACUAACUCCUGUACUGUAUAUCUAUUUUUUUCUGUACUGUAUGGCUCUUUAUCAAGUCUAGAAUAAUAAAAAAAGCAUGACAUGUGUUUUUUU